UACAUACAGACUGUGUAUAACACAAUAGCGCCGACUAUUAGACACAUUAGACAUCACUUAAUGAAAAAAAAACAAUUGAUUGCAUGUAUUGUUGUUGUUGUUGUGGAUCAGCUUUUAGGUGAUUAUUUCAGUGACAAACAUAAUCAUCGUUAUCAUCAGCGAUGGGCAAAAAACAACAUCAAAAAGACAAACUCUAUCUGACAUCAACAGAAUGGUCGACCAUUUACGGCGGCCGUACGGCCCUACAGAAUCUGAUGGACGCGACCAGCGAUCAACAGUUCCGACGGCUACCACUCGAUCACUGUUCACUAUCGAUGCAACCGUUCAGUCAUCCCUAUUGUAACCAAUCGGGCGUUAUCUAUGACCUGCAAAACAUCGUACCGUUUAUCAAGAAGUACGGCAUCGAUCCGUUUGACGGCCAAAAGAUGGACAUGAAAUCGCUGGUCAAACUGAACUUUCAUCUCAACAACGACGGCCAACGACACUGUCCUGUAUUGUACAAAGUGUUUACACAGAAUUCGCAUUUAGUGGCCAUCCGGACGACUGGCAAUGUCUUCUCGUACGAAGCCGUCCAAGAACUCAAUCUGAAGGCCAAACAUAUGAAAGACUUGGUUAGUGAUGAACCGUUUACCAAGAAGGACAUCAUUACCAUUCAGGAUCCGAAAGAUAUCUCCAAAUUCAAUAUCACUAACUUUUAUCACAUCCGCAAUCAGCUAUCGCUAGUCGACAGCGAUGACGAAGACAAGAAAGACUCGAAACUAAGAUUUGUCAACAACGAAACCAAAGCCACACUGAAAGAGUUGAGCGAAUUGGAAGAGAAAACAAAGAAAAAAUCGGAUAAAAACUUGGAUAAGAGUAAAGACACGAAAGCGGUGGCCGUAAAGGGCGACAAAUUCAAUUCGGCCCACUAUUCUACCGGUGCUGUGGCCGCAUCGUUCACCUCUACAGCAAUGGAUCCGGUUUGGUCUAAACUAGAGCCGGCCAUUCUAACCGACGAUGCAAUACUCUAUCCGAAGAUCAAGAAGAAAGGUUACGUACGGUUUGUGACCAAUUUUGGUGACUUAAAUUUGGAACUCUAUUGCGAUCAGACACCGAAAACUUGUCAUAACUUUCUGAAACUAUGCAAAUCUGAGUACUAUAACGACAACAUAUUUCAUCGAUUGAUCAAAAAUUUUAUGAUACAAUCGGGUGAUCCGACUGGCACUGGCAAAGGUGGUCAGUCGGCUUUUGGUCAGCCGUUUGACGAUGAAAUAAAGCCACAGUUUUCGCACGAAGGACGCGGUGUAUUAAGUAUGGCCAACUCGGGUCCCAAUACUAAUAAAUCGCAAUUUUUCAUAACUUUCCGGUCGUGCAAACAUUUGGACAAAAAGCAUACCAUCUUUGGCCGUGUAGUCGGCGGUCUGGAAGUGUUAGAUAAAAUGGAAAGGACUAAGACUGAUGCUAAAGAUCGACCCCUCGAUGAGAUUAAGAUUCUAAGAACACCUAUAUUCGUGGAUCCGUUUCAGGAAAUUGAAGACCAGAUUAGUAAAGAAAGAGAAGAAAUGGAUGGAGAAGAAAAACGGAACAAAGAGAAGGAGUUGAGGGCUAAGAGUAGGACAACAACUCAAGAGUUGAAGCCUAUACGCAAAGGUAUCGGUGCUUUCAUAGACCUGAGUGUAUUGAAUGCCCAAACAUCGAGUAGUGAUACCAAUACUACUACUACUACUAAUAAUAAUAAUACUAAUAAUGAUUAUUAUGAGGGCUCAGAACAGCCUAAAAAGAAAAAGCUAUCACAUGGAGGAACGGUAGGGUUUGGCAACUUUAGUAAUUGGUAACCCAUGUCUCGAUCAGUACAUUCAAAAAAAAUUAUAUAUUAAAA